AGAGAGCUGGCGUUCCCUUAGUGAGAACUAUGUUUGGUUUAGAUAGCAAUUGAGUUGAGGCAACUUCCUAAAGUCCGUAAAAAUAGGUGGACUAUGAGGAAAAGGAUCUACAGGAGUCCAGGUGUGAUCAAAGAUGAACAAGAGAUUGUACAGAAACGCACCUUCACAAAAUGGAUCAAUUCCCAUCUGGCCAAGCGGAAGCCUCCCAUGGUGGUGGAUGACCUUUUUGAAGACAUGAAAGAUGGCAUCAAACUGCUUGCUCUACUGGAGGUCCUGUCUGGGCAGAAACUGCCUUGUGAACAAGGACACCGGGUGAAGCGUAUUCAUGCUGUGGCUAACAUUGGCACCGCACUCAAAUUCCUUGAAGGAAGGAAGUCCAUGUACAGAGGAUCACCGAUUAAAUUAGUCAACAUUAAUGCUACUGAUAUUGCUGAUGGCCGACCAUCAAUCGUUCUUGGGCUGAUGUGGACCAUUAUCCUGUAUUUCCAGAUAGAAGAGUUGACCAGCAACCUACCACAGCUGCAGUCUCUGUCCAGCAGUGCUUCCUCUGUGGACAGCAUGGUCAGCACCGAGACUGCCAGCCCACCCAGCAAACGAAAGGUGGCUACCAAGAUCCAGGGAAAUGCCAAGAAAACUCUAUUAAAGUGGGUCCAGCACACAGCAGGCAAGCAGAUGGGAAUAGAAGUAAAAGACUUCGGGAAGAGUUGGAGAACUGGGUUGGCCUUUCAUUCAGUCAUCCAUGCUAUCCAGCCUGACCUGGUGGACCUGGAGAAGGUGAAGACUAGAUCUAACAGAGAAAACCUGGAGGACGCCUUCACGAUCGCUGAAACACAACUGGGCAUCCCCAGACUGCUUGAUCCUGAAGAUGUGGAUGUGGACAAGCCAGAUGAGAAGUCUAUCAUGACUUACGUGGCCCAGUUCUUAACACAAUACCCUGACAUUCACGGUGCAGGCUGUGAUGGGCAAGAGGAUGAUGAAAUAUUUCCAGUUUACUCAUCUUUUGCAAAUUAUAUACAAUCUAAGAGGGAUGACAGACAAAUUUUGAAGGAAACAAAAGUUUGGAUAGAACAAUUUGAGAGAGAUUUUACGAGGGCACAGAUGACCGAAUCAAGUCUGCAGGACAAAUAUCAGUCAUUUAAGCACUUCAGAGUUCAAUAUGAAAUGAAAAGGAAACAGGUGGAGCAUAUAAUACAGCCAUUGCAAAGAGAUGGCAAACUGACACUCGACCAAGCCUUGGUCAAGCAGUGCUGGGAGAGAGUGUCAUCCCGGCUCUUCGAUUGGCAUAUACAGCUGGAUAAAUCUCUCCCUGCACCUCUGGGCACUAUAGGUGCUUGGCUAUACAGGGCAGAGGUGGCCCUGAGAGAAGAGAUCACCAUUCAGCAGGUUCAUGAGGAAACAGCAAACACAAUCCAACGGAAACUUGAGCAACAUAAGGAUCUGCUUCAAAAUACAGAUGCCCACAAAAGAGCGUUCCAUGAAAUCUACCGGACCAGGUCUGUCAAUGGGAUCCCAAUGCCUCCUGAUCAGCUAGAGGACAUGGCUGAGAGGUUUCAUUUUGUGUCCUCCACAUCCGAGCUGCACUUAAUGAAAAUGGAGUUUCUCGAACUGAAGUACCGUCUGCUGUCCCUGCUGGUCCUCGCUGAGUCAAAGCUGAAGUCCUGGAUCAUCAAGUAUGGAAGGCGAGAGUCUGUGGAGCUGCUGCUGCAAAGCUAUAUCUCUUUUAUAGAAAACAGCAAGUUCUUUGAACAGUAUGAAGUGACAUACCAGAUCCUGAAACAGACAGCUGAAAUAUACGUCAAAGCAGAUGGCUCAGUGGAGGAAGCUGAGAACGUGAUGAAAUUCAUGAGUGAAACCACUGCCCAGUGGAGGAAUCUCUCCGUGGAGGUGCGGAGUGUACGGAGCAUGCUGGAGGAGGUGAUCUCCAACUGGGAUCGCUAUGGUGAUACCGUGGCUAGUCUCCAAGCCUGGCUAGAAGAUGCAGAGAAAAUGCUAAGCCAAUCAGAAAAUGCCAAGAAGGAUUUUUUUCGAAAUCUGCCUCACUGGAUUCAGCAGCACACAGCUAUGAACGAUGCCGGGAAUUUCCUGAUUGAGACCUGCGAUGAGAUUGUUUCUCGAGACCUUAAACAGCAGUUGCUCUUAUUGAACGGUCGAUGGAGGGAGCUCUUCAUGGAAGUCAAACAAUACGCAAGAGCAGACGAGAUGGACAGAAUGAAGAAAGAAUAUAUAGACGUCACUACCACCCUCUUUGGUUUUGCAACUGAAGCCCACAGGAAACUCUCUGAGCCUUUAGAAGUUUCUCUUAUCAAUGUCAAGUUAUUAAUUCAAGACUUGGAGGAUCUUGAGAAGAGGGUGCCUGUGAUGGAUGCUCAGUACAAGACGAUUGCCAAGAAGGCACAGCUCUUUGCCAAAGAAAGUCCCCAAGAAGAAGCGAAUGAAAUGCUUACAACCAUGUCCAAGCUCAAAGAACAGCUAUCCAAGGUCAAAGAAUGUUGCUCCCCACUGUUGUCCGAGGCCCAGCAACUGACUGUUCCUUUAGAAGAACUGGAGGUGCAAAUCACGUCCUUCUAUGAGUCCCUUGGAAAAAUCAAUGAGAUUCUAUCAGUUCUUGAGCAAGAAGCACAAUCUAGCACGCUCUUUAAGCAAAAACACCAGGAACUGUUAGCUUCUCAAGAGAGCUGUAAGAAAUCCUUGACACUCAUAGAGAAGGGCAGCCACAGUGUUCAGAAGAUGGUGACCUUGAGCCAGGCACUAAAGCACUGGGAUCACACGAAACUGCAGAAGCAAAUAGCAGAUGUCCAUCAUGCAUUCCAGAGCAUGAUCAAGAAAACUGGAGACUGGAAGAAGCACGUGGAAGCCAACAGCCGUUUGAUGAAGAAAUUUGAGGAGUCUCGGGCCGAGUUGGAGAAGGUGCUUAGGGUUGCUCAGGAGGGCCUAGAGGAGAAGGGGGACCCUGAAGAACUCCUUCGGAGACACACGGAAUUCUUCAGCCAGCUGGACCAGAGGGUCCUCAAUGCUUUCCUAAAAGCCUGUGAUGAGCUAACUGACAUCCUCCCAGAGCAGGAGCAGCAAGGCCUACAGGAGGCUGUCCGAAAGCUACACAAACAGUGGAAGGAUCUUCAGGGAGAAGCGCCUUAUCAUUUGCUCCAUCUGAAAAUCGCUGUGGAGAAAGACAGAUUCUCAGCUGUUGUGGAAGAGUGCAAAGCUGAGCUGGAGCAAGAGACCAAGCUGGCUCCUCAAGAAGGCAGCGAGAAGAUCAUAAAGGAACACAGGGUUUUCUUCAGUGACAAGGGUCCUCACCAUCUCUGUGAGAAGAGACUACAGCUCAUAGAGGAACUGUGUGGGAAACUCCCAGUCCGGGACCCAGUAAGGGACACAUCUGGAGCCUGUCACACAGCUCUCAAAGAGCUCAAAGCUUCCAUUGACAACACUUACAUGAUGCUCGUGGAUGACCCAGAUAAGUGGAAGGACUAUACCAGCAGGUUUUCUGAGUUCUCCUCUUGGGUGUCUGCAAAGAAGGCAUGGUUGAAGAAAAUCAAGGAUGAGCCCAUUAACAUUGGCAACCACGAUGAGGUUAAGCAUGUGGUAGAUGAGAUCAGAAAUGACAUUACCAAGAAAGGAGAGAGUCUCAGCUGGCUGAAAUCCAGGCUUAAGCAUUUGAUUGAUAUUUCUUCAGAGAAUGAAGCCCAAAAGCGAGGAGAUGAGCUGGCAGAAUUAUCAAGCUCUUUCAAGGCUCUUGUGGCAUUACUGUCAGAGGUUGAAAAGCUGCUAAGCAACUUCGGAGAAUGCAUUCAGUACAAGGAAAUCAUGAAAAGUUCCCUUGAGGGGUUGAUAUCAGGCCCCCAAGAAGGCAAGGAAGAGGCUGAGAUGAUCCUGGACUCGAAAAAUCUGCUUGAGGCGCAGCAGUUGCUCCUGCAUCACCAGCAAAAGACAAAGAUGAUCUCAGCAAAGAAGAGAGACCUCCAGCAGCAGAUGGAGCAGGCACAGCAGGGUGGGCAGGCAGGCCCAGGUCAAGAGGAGCUGCGGAAGCUGGAGAGCACCCUCACAGGCCUGGAGCAGAGCAGGGAGAGGCAGGAACGUCGCAUCCAGGUCAGCUUGAGGAAAUGGGAGCGGUUUGAGACAAACAAGGAAACGGUGGUCAGAUAUCUUUUCCAGACAGGUUCCAGCCACGAACGCUUCUUGAGCUUCAGCAGUUUGGAAAGCCUAUCAUCAGAGUUGGAGCAGACAAAGGAGUUUUCUAAGAGGACGGAAAGUAUUGCCACCCAGGCUGAGAACCUUGUCAAGGAAGCCGCAGAGUUGCCGCUGGGGCCCAGGAAUAAGCCUGUGCUUCAGCGGCAGGCCAAGUCAAUCAAGGAGCAGGUCAAAACCCUAGAAGACACGCUUGAAGAAGAUAUUAAAACCAUGGAAAUGGUGAAAUCCAAGUGGGAUCAUUUUGGCAGUAAUUUUGAGACCCUGUCCAUCUGGAUAUUGGAGAAAGAGAAUGAACUCAGUUCCUUGGAAGCCUCAGCAUCUGCUGCGGAUGUGCAGAUCAGCCAAAUCAAGGUCACAAUUCAAGAAAUAGAAAGUAAAAUUGACAGCAUUGUAGGGCUAGAAGAAGAAGCCCAGUCCUUUGCCCAGUUCGUCACCACGGGAGAGUCUGCUCGCAUCAAAGCCAAGUUGACACAGAUAAGAAGAUACUGGGAGGAGCUCCAAGAGCAUGCACGGGGCCUGGAAGGGACAAUUCUGGGCCACCUAUCACAGCAGCAAAAGUUUGAAGAGAAUCUGAGAAAGAUCCGGCAAUCUGUGUCUGAAUUUGCAGAGAGGCUGGCUGAUCCGAUUAAAAUAUGUUCCUCAGCUGCAGAGACGUACAAAGUUCUCCAAGAGCAUAUGGAUCUCUGUCAAGCCCUAGAGUCCCUCAACAGCACAGUUACCAUGUUCUCAGCCAGUGCCCAGAAGGUGGUAAACAGAGAGUCCUGCACCCAGGAGGCUGCAGCCCUACAGCAGCAGUACGAGGAGAUACUACACAAAGCCAAAGAGAUGCAGAAGGCAUUGGAGGACCUGCUGGCCCGCUGGCAGAGGUUGGAAAAGGGACUAUCGCCCUUCCUGACCUGGUUAGAGCGAUGUGAAGCCAUAGCCAGUUCACCAGAAAAGGACAUUUCUGCAGAUAGAGUCAAAGUAGAAAGUGAACUGCAGUUAAUACAGGCCCUGCAAAAUGAAGUCGUGUCCCAGGCCUCACUCUACAGCAAUCUCCUGCAGCUGAAGGAAGCCCUGUUCUCAGUGGCCUCCAAAGAGGACGUGGCGGUGAUGAAGCUGCAGUUGGAACAGCUGGAUGAGCGCUGGGGAGACUUACCGCAGAUAAUUAGCAAAAGGAUGCACUUUCUCCAGUCCGUGCUGGCUGAGCACAAGCAGUUUGAUGAACUGCUAUUUUCCUUCUCUGUCUGGAUUAAGCAGUUUCUCGGCGAAUUGCAAAGGACUUCAGAGAUAAAUUUAAGGGACCAUCAAGUGGCUCUCACUCGGCACAAGGACCAUGCUGCAGAAAUAGAGAAGAAAAGAGGAGAGAUAAAGCAUCUUCAAGGUCACUUGUCACAAUUGAGGAGUCUGGGCAGAGCCCAGGACCUGCACCCACUGCAGAGCAAGGUGGAUGACUGCUUCCAGCUCUUUGAAGAAGCCAGCCAGGUAGUGGAGAGGCGGAAGCUGGCUCUGGCACAGCUAGCAGAAUUCCUCCAGAGCCAUGCCUGCGUGUCUACUCUUCUCCAUCAGCUCAGACAAACAGUGGAGGCCACCAAAAGCAUGAGUAAGAAGCAGUCUGACUCCCUCAAAAAGGACCUUCACAAUGCCAUUCAAGACGUGAAAACAUUAGAAUCCAGUGCCAUCAGUCUGGAUGGUACCCUGACCAAAGCCCAGUGCCACCUGAAAAGUGCGAGCCCUGAGGAAAGGACCUCCUGCAGAGCCACCACCGACCAGCUCUCUUCAGAAGUAGAGAGAAUCCAGAACCUUCUGGGAACCAAGCAGAGUGAGGCAGACGCCCUGGUGGCACUGAAAGAAGCAUUCCAGGAGCAGAAAGAAGAGCUGCUGAGAAACAUUGAGGAUAUUGAAGAGAGGAUGGACAGGGAGCGGUUAAAUGUGCCCACCCGCCAGGCUCUGCAGCAUAGGUUGAGAGUGUUCAACCAGCUGGAGGAUGAGCUAAACUCCCAUGAGCACGAGCUCUGCUGGCUGAAAGACAAAGCAAAACAAAUCGCCCAGAAGGAUGUUGCGUUUGCACCUGAAGUGGAUAGGGAGAUAAACCGCUUAGAGGCAACCUGGGAUGACACUAGAAGACAAAUUCAUGAAAACCAGGGCCAGUGCUGUGGACUCAUUGACUUAGUAAGAGAAUAUCAGAGCUUGAAGUCAACAGUGUGUAACGUUCUGGAAGAUGCAAGCAAUGUCGUUGUGAUGAGAGCUACCAUAAAGGACCAGGGGGACCUUAAGUGGGCGUUUUCCAAGCAUGAAACUUCCAGGAAUGAAAUGAAUUCUAAACAGAAAGAGUUGGAUAGUUUUACCAGCAAAGGCAAACACUUGUUAUCUGAGCUGAAAAAAAUCCACAGUGGCGAUUUCAGCCUGGUCAAGACAGACAUGGAGAGCACCCUGGACAAGUGGCUGGAUGUAUCAGAAAGAAUUGAGGAAAACAUGGACAUGCUGAGAGUGAGCCUGUCCAUCUGGGAUGAUGUCCUUUCAAGGAAAGAUGAGAUCGAAGGAUGGUCCAGCAGCUCUCUCCCAAAGCUGGCGGAAAACAUCGGCAACCUAAACAACAGUCUCAGAGCCGAAGAGCUCCUGAAAGAACUGGAGUCUGAAGUUAAAAUCAAAGCCUUAAAAUUGGAAGAACUGCGUUCCAAAAUCAACAAUCUUAAAGAACUAACGAAAAAUCCAGAAACACCAACAGAACUUCAGUUUAUAGAAGCAGACUUAAGGCAGAAGCUGGAACACGCCAAAGAAAUCACCGAGGAAGCAAGGGGAACCCUGAAGGAUUUCACGGCUCAGAGGACCCAAGUGGAGAGAUUUGUCAAGGACAUCACAGUGUGGCUGAUCAAUGUGGAGGAAUCAUUGACCAGAUGUGCCCAAACCGAGACUUGCGAAGGGCUGAAGAAAGUCAAGGACAUACGAAAAGAACUUCAAAGUCAACAAAACAGCAUCAUCUCCACUCAAGAAGAGCUCAACAGUCUGUGCCGGAAGUACCACUCAGUGGAGUUGGAGAGCCUGGGCCGUGCAAUGACUGGGCUAAUAAAGAAACAUGAAGCCACAAGCCAGCUGUGCUCCCAAACCCAGGCCAGCAUACAGGACUCUCUGGAAAAACACUUCAGUGGUUCUAUGAAAGAAUUCCAAGAAUGGUUUUUAGGAGCAAAAGCAGCAGCCAGAGAAUCUUCUAAUCUAACUGGUGACAGCCAAAUUCUCGAAGCCAGGCUCCACGAUCUUCAGGGUGUCCUGGAUUCGCUCAGUGAUGGGCAGAGUAAGCUGGACGUGGUGACUCAGGAAGGACAAACUCUGUAUGCACAUCUGCCCAAGCAGAUUGUUAGCAGCAUCCAGGAGCAAAUCACAAAAGCCAAUGAAGAAUUCCAAGCUUUCCUGAAACAAUGCCUUAAAGAGAAGCAGGCUCUCCAGGACUGUGUUUCAGAGCUGGGGAGCUUUGAGGACCAGCACAGAAAAUUGAACUUAUGGAUCCAUGAGAUGGAGGAAAGGUUAAAAACAGAAAACUUAGGGGAGAGUAAACACCAUAUUUCCGAGAAGAAAAACGAAGUCCGUAAGGUGGAGAUGUUCCUGGGAGAACUUCUGGCUGCCAGAGAGUCCCUCGACAAGCUCUCCCAGAGAGGGCAGCUUCUCAGCGAAGAAAGCCACAGUGCAGGGAAGGGAGGCUGCCGGAGCACCCAGCUCCUUACCAGCUACCAGAGCCUUCUCCGAGUCACCAAGGAAAAGCUGCGCAGCUGUCAGCUGGCCCUGAAGGAGCAUGAGGCUCUGGAAGAAGCCACACAGAGUAUGUGGGCCCGGGUGAAGGAUGUGCAAGACAAGUUGGCUUUUGCAGAGAGCACUCUUGGGAACAAGGAGACAUUGGAGGGGCGAUUGUCACAGAUUCAGGACAUUCUCCUUAUGAAAGGUGAAGGAGAAGUAAAGUUGAAUCUGGCCAUUGGCAAAGGGGACCAGGCCUUAAGAAGCAGCAACAAGGAGGGGCAGCAGGCGAUUCAGGAUCAGCUGGAGAUGCUCAAAAAGGCGUGGGCUGAGGUCAUGAGUUCGGCUGUCCAUGCGCAAAGCACCCUGGAGUCUGUGAUUGACCAAUGGAAUGACUAUCUAGAGAAGAAAAGCCAGUUGGAGCAGUGGAUGGAAUCAGUGGACCAGAGACUAGAGCAUCCUUUACAGCUGCAGCCAGGGCUCAAGGAGAAGUUUUCCUUGCUGGACCACUUUCAAUCCAUAGUGUCUGAGGCAGAGGACCACACAGGAGCUCUGCAGCAACUAGCAGCAAAGUCCAGGGAGCUCUACCAGAAGACCCAGGAUGAGUCCUUCAAAGAGGCUGGCCAGGAGGAACUGAGAACUCAGUUUCAGGACAUAAUGACUGUGGCCAAGGAGAAAAUGAGGACAGUGGAGGACCUUGUGAAAGACCACCUCAUGUACUUAGAUGCUGUCCAGGAAUUCGCAGAUUGGCUCCACUCUGCAAAGGAAGAGCUUCACCGCUGGUCGGACACAUCUGGGGAUCCACCAGCUACCCAGAAAAAGCUGUUGAAAAUCAAGGAGCUGAUAGAUUCCAGAGAGAUCGGUGCAGGCCGCCUAAGCAGAGUGGAGUCGCUGGCCCCGGCUGUGAAACAGAACACAGCUGCCAGUGGGUGUGAGCUUCUGAACUCGGAGAUGCAGGCCCUGCGCGCCGACUGGAGGCAGUGGGAAGACUGCCUCUUCCAAACACAGAGCAGCCUGGAGAGCCUAGUCAGUGAAAUGGCUCUCUCGGAGCAGGAGUUCUUUGGCCAGGUGACCCAACUCGAGCAGGCCCUGGAACAGUUCAGCACCCUUCUGAAAACGUGGGCCCAGCAGCUCACCCUCCUGGAAGGCAAGAACUCUGACGAGGAGAUCGUGGAAUGCUGGCACAAAGGACGUGAGAUUCUGGAUGCUCUACAAAAGGCAGAGCCUAUGACAGAGGAUCUCAAGUCUCAGUUGAAUGAGCUAUGCCGGUUUUCCAGGGACCUGACUCCAUACAGUGGGAAAGUCUCAGGCUUGAUUAAAGAAUAUAACUGUCUCUGUCUGCAAGCUUCCAAGGGCUGCCAGAAUAAAGAACAGAUUUUGCAGGAAAGAUUUCAGAAGGCCUCCAGGGGCUUCCAGCAGUGGUUGGUUAACGCAAAAGUCACCACGGCCAAGUGUUUUGAUCUACCUCAGAAUCUUAGUGAAGUUUCUUCCAGUCUUCAGAAGAUCCAGGAGUUUCUGUCAGAAAGUGAAAAUGGGCAACAUAAGCUAAACACAAUGCUGUACAAAGGAGAGCUGCUGAGCUCUCUGCUGACAGGAGAGAAAGCACAAGCUGCCCAGGCCAAAGUCCUAACCGCAAAAGAGGACUGGAAAAGUUUUCAUGCAAAUCUCCACCAAAAGGAAUCAGCCCUGGAGAAUCUAAAGAUCCAGAUGAAAGACUUUGAAGUGAGCGCAGAACUUGUGCAGAACUGGCUGAGUAAAACGGAGAGGCUGGUGCAGGAGAGCAGCAAUCGCCUCUAUGACCUGCCUGCUAAGAGGAGAGAACAGCAGAAGCUGCAGUCUGUCCUUGAGGAGAUACAGUGCUACGAGCCUCAGCUCCACAGGCUGAAGGAGAAAGCUCUGCAGCUAUGGGAGGGACAAGCUGCAAGCAAGAGCUUUGUGCACAGAGUGUCGCAGCUGUCUUCUCAGUAUCUAGCGCUAAGCAAUGUAACCAAGGAGAAAGUGUCCAGGCUGGACAGAGUUAUUGCUGAGCACAACCGGUUCUCCCAGGGUGUUAAAGAACUGCAGGACUGGAUGUCAGAUGCAGUUCACAUGCUGGAUUCCUACUGCCUCCCCACGUCAGAUAAAAGUGUGCUGGAUGGCAGAAUGCUCAAGCUGGAGGCUCUGCUGUCAGUGAGACAGGAAAAAGAGAUUCAGAUGAAAAUGGUUGUGACCCGGGGGGAGUAUAUUCUGCAGAGUACCUCUCUGGAAGGCAGCGCUGCUGUUCAGCAGCAGCUGCAGGCUGUGAAGGAUAUGUGGGAAUCCCUCUUGUCUGCAGCAAUUCGAUGUAAGAGUCAGCUGGAAGGAGCACUCUCAAAGUGGACAAGUUAUCAGGAUGACGUGCGGCAGUUCUCCAGCUGGAUGGACAGUGUGGAAGUCAACCUGACAGAAUUGGAAAAACAGCACACAGAGCUACGGGAGAAAGUAACUGCUCUGGGAAAAGCCAAGUUAUUAAAUGAGGAGGUGUUGAGUCACAGCAGCCUGCUGGAAACCAUUGAACUCAAGAGGGCAGCCAUGACAGAGCAUUAUGUCACCCAGUUAGAACUGCAGGAUCUGCAGGAAAGGCACCAAGCCCUCAAAGAGAAGGCCAAGGAAGCAGUGACAAAAUUGGAAAAGCUGGUCCGCCUUCAUCAAGAGUAUCAGAGAGACCUAAAGGCAUUUGAAAGUUGGCUGGAGCAAGAACAAGAGAAACUUGACCGAUGUUCAGUGCAUGAGGGUGACACCAAUGCCCAUGAGACAAUGUUGCGAGAUCUUCAGGAGCUUCAAGUGCGGUGCGCAGAGGGUCAGGCCCUGCUAAACUCAGUUCUUCACACCAGGGAGGAUGUGAUCCUGUCAGGCCUCCCCCAGGCGGAAGACAGAGUGCUGGAGUCUCUUCGUCAGGACUGGCAGGUUUACCAGCACAGGCUGGCUGAGGCCCGGACGCAGUUCAACAAUGUUGUAAACAAACUGAGGCUGAUGGAGCAGAAGUUCCAGCAAGCUGACGAAUGGCUCAAAAGAAUGGAGGAGAAAAUUAAUUUCAGGAGCGAAUGCCAGAGCAGCCGAUCCGACAAGGAGAUCCAGUUGCUUCAGCUGAAGAAGUGGCACGAAGACCUGUCAGCACACAGAGAUGAGGUUGAGGAGGUGGGAACCAGAGCCCAGGGGAUCCUGGAUGAGACUCACAUAAGCAGUAGGAUGGGCUGCCAAGCCACCCAGCUGACUUCCCGGUACCAGGCCCUGCUGCUCCAAGUGCUGGAGCAAAUAAAAUUCUUAGAAGAGGAACUGCAGUGUCUGGAGGAGACAGAAUCAUCCCUCAGUUCCUAUUCAGACUGGUACGGCUCCACUCAUAAAAACUUCAAGAACGUGGCUACCAAAAUCGAUAAAGUCGAUGAAUCCAUGAUGGGGAAAAAAUUGAAGACAUUGGAGGUUUUAUUAAAAGACAUGGAGAAGGGCCACAGUUUGUUGAAAUCAGCUCGAGAGAAAGGGGAGAGGGCAGUGAAAUUCCUGGAGGAGCAUGAGGCUGAAGCACUAAGAAAGGAGAUCCAUACCUACAUGGAGCAGCUGAAGAACUUGACGAGCACCGUCCGGAAGGAGUGCAUGAGCCUGGAGAAAGGCCUUCACUUGGCCAAAGAGUUCUCAGAUAAAUACAAAGUACUGACCCAGUGGACGGCAGAAUACCAGGAGAUCCUGUGCACACCCGAAGAACCCAAAAUGGAGCUAUAUGAGAAAAAAGCACAGCUAUCCAAAUACAAGUCACUACAACAAAUGGUGCUGUCCCACGAGCCAUCCGUGAUCUCAGUGCAAGAGAAGAGUGAGGCGCUUCUGGAACUGGUACAGGAUCAGAGCUUAAAGGACAAAAUACAAAAACUUCAAAGUGACUUCCAGGACCUCUGCAGCAUAGUAAAGGAGCGGGUCUUCAGUCUGGAAGCAAAAGUCAGAGACCAUGAAGACUACAACACUGAGCUCCAAGAGGUAGAGAAGUGGCUGCUUCAGAUGUCUGGCCGGCUGGUGGCGCCUGAUCUUUUAGAGAUGAGCAGCCUAGAGACCAUCACUCAGCAGCUUGCCCAUCAUAAGGCGAUGAUGGAAGAAAUAGCAGGUUUUGAAGACCGCCUGGACACCCUUAAAGCCAAAGGUGACACUUUGAUUGGCCAGUGCCCUGAGCACUUGCAGGCAAAGCAGAAGCAGAGUGUCCAAGCUCAUCUGCAGGGCACAAAGGACAGUUACUCAGCCAUCUGCAGCACAGCCCAGAGGGUAUACCGCAGCUUGGAAUAUGAACUCCAGAAGCAUGUCAGCAGCCAAGACACUUUGCAGCAGUGCCAGGCAUGGAUCUCUGCAGUCCAGCCAGACCUGAAGCCCAGCCCACAGCCACCUCUCAGCAGAGCAGAAGCUGUUAAGCAGGUCAAACACUUCAGAGCUUUGCAAGAGCAGGCAAGGACCUACUUGGAUCUCCUUUGCUCCAUGUGUGACUUGUCAAACUCCUCAGUGAAAAACACAGCAAAAGAUAUUCAGCAAACAGAGCAGCUGAUUGAACAAAGGCUGGUCCAAGCACAGAACUUAACUCAGGGCUGGGAAGAGAUCAAGAGCCUGAAGGCCGAGCUCUGGAUUUACCUACAGGAUGCUGACCAACAGCUACAGAACAUGAAGAGGAGGCACACUGAGCUGGAGAUAAAUAUUGCUCAGAACAUGGUCAUGCAAGUGAAGGAUUUUAUUAAGCAGCUACAGUGUAAGCAGGUCUCUGUGAGCACCAUCGUAGAAAAGGUGGACAAGCUAACAAAGAACCAGGAGUCCCCUGAGCACAAGGAAAUAACCCACCUGAAUGACCAAUGGCAAGACCUUUGCCUGCAGUCUGACAAGCUAUGUGCACAGAGAGAACAGGACCUUCAGAGAACCAGCAGUUACCAUGACCACAUGAGUGUCGUUGAAGCCUUUCUUGAAAAAUUUACUACAGAAUGGGACAGCCUGGCCAGAUCUAAUGCAGAAAGCACAGCUAUCCACUUGGAAGCUUUGAAGAAGCUAGCCUUGGCCUUGCAAGAGAAAACAUAUGCCAUCGAUGACCUGAAAGACUGCAGACAGAAACUGAUAGAGCAGCUGAGUCUCGAUGACAGAGAGCUGGUGAGGGAACAGACCAGUCACUUCGAGCAACGGUGGUGUCAGCUCGAGGACCUUGUCAAAAGGAAAAUCCAGGUGUCAGUCACCAACUUGGAGGAAUUAAAUGUGAUUCAAUCCAGAUUCCAGGAGCUGAUGGAGUGGGCUGAAGAGCAGCAGCCUAACAUUGUGGAGGCCUUGAAGCAGAGCCCACCUCCUGGCAUGGCUCAGCACCUCCUCAUGGACCACCUGGCCAUCUGCAGUGAGCUGGAAGACAAACAGGUGCUCCUGAAGUCCCUGAUGAAGGACGCAGAUCGUGUGAUGGCUGACCUUGGCCUCAAUGAGCGGAAGGUGAUCCAGAAGGCGCUCUCUGAGGCUCAGAAGCAUGUAAGUUGUCUCAGUGACCUAGUGGGCCAGCGAAGAAAGUACUUGAAUAAGGCCUUGUCUGAGAAAACCCAGUUUCUCAUGGCAGUCUUUCAGGCCACCAGCCAAAUCCAGCAACAUGAGCGAAAGAUCGUAUUCCGGGAAUAUAUCUGCCUACUUCCAGAUGAUGUGAGCAAACAGGUCAAAACAUGUAAGACUGCCCAGGCCAGCCUCAAGACUUACCAGAAUGAGGUCACUGGACUUUGUGCCCAGGGUCGGGAAUUGAUGAAGGGAAUAACAAAGCAAGAACAGGAGGAGGUGCUGGGGAAGCUCCAGGAGUUACAGACUGUCUAUGACACCGUCUUGCAAAAAUGCAGUCACAGGUUGCAAGAGCUAGAGAAGAGUCUGGUCUCUAGAAAGCAUUUUAAGGAAGAUUUUGAUAAAGCCUGUCACUGGCUUAAACAAGCAGACAUUGUCACAUUUCCUGAGAUCAAUCUCAUGAACGAGAAGUCUGAGCUCCAUGCUCAACUGGACAAAUACCAAAGCAUUCUGGAACAAUCUCCUGAGUAUGAAAACCUUCUGCUCACGCUGCAGACGACUGGGCAGGCCAUGCUACCAUCGCUAAAUGAAGUUGAUCACUCCUACUUAAGUGAAAAACUCAGUGCUCUGCCCCAACAGUUCAAUGUCAUCGUCGCCUUGGCUAAGGAUAAAUUCUAUAAAAUCCAAGAAGCAAUUCUGGCCCGAAAGGAAUAUACUUCUUUGAUCGAGCUGACAACCCAGUCUCUGGGUGACCUGGAAGACCAGUUCCUGAAGAUGAGGAAAAUGCCUUCAGACCUGAUUGUUGAGGAGAGUGUGUCUCUUCAAGAGAGCUACAGAACCCUUCUGGGUGAAGUGGUAGCCCUUGGGGAAGCUGUGAAUGAACUGAACCAGAAAAAGGAGAGUUUUCGCAGCACAGGUCAGCCUUGGCAGCCAGAGAAGAUGCUUCAGCUGGCCACCCUAUAUCAUAGGCUGAAGCGGCAAGCAGAGCAAAGGAUCAGUUUGUUAGAAGACACCACCAGCGUUUACAAAGAGCAUGCACGGAUGUGCCGGCAGCUAGAGAGUCAGCUGGAAGUCGUGAAAAGAGAGCAGGCCAAAGUGAACGAGGAAACACUGCCUGCAGAGGAGAAGCUCAAGGUGUACCACUCGCUGGCAGGCAGCCUGCAAGACUCGGGGAUUCUGCUCAAACGAGUGGCCACGCACCUAGAAGAUCUUUCUCCACAUCUCGAUCCCAUGGCUUAUGAGAAAGCCAAGGGUCAGGUCCAGUCCUGGCAGGAGGAGCUAAAACAGAUGACGUCUGACGUCGGGGAGCUGGUGACAGAAUGCGAAAGCAGGAUGGUACAGAGCAUAGACUUCCAGACUGAGAUGAGCCGUUCCCUAGACUGGCUUCGGAGGGUGAGGGCAGAGCUCAGUGGGCCAGUGUGCCUUGACCUCAGCCUCCAGGACAUCCAGGAGGAGAUCAGAAAGAUCCAGAUCCACCAGGAGGAGGUCUUGUCCAGCCUGAGGAUAAUGAGUGCUUUGAGUCACAAGGAGCAGGAGAAGUUCACGAAAGCCAAGGAGCUGAUUUCGGCAGAUCUGGAGCACACGCUGGCUGAGCUCCAAGAGCUAGAUGGAGAUGUGCAGGAAGCGCUGCGCACCCGGCAGGCAACCUUGACCGAAAUAUACAGUCGGUGUCAAAGGUAUUACCAAGUGUUCCAAGCAGCUAAUGAUUGGCUUGACGAUGCCCAAGAAAUGUUACAACUGGCAGGCAAUGGCCUGGAUGUUGAGAGCGCAGAGGAAAACCUCAAAAAUCAUAUGGAAUUUUUCAAAACAGAGGGUCAGUUCCACAGCAACAUGGAGGAGCUCCGAGGUCUUGUGGACAGGCUAGACCCACUCAUUAAGCCCACAGGAAAGGAAGAACUGGCACAGAAGAUGGCUUCCCUGGAAAAGAGGAGUCAGGGGAUCAUCCAGGAGUCCCACAGCCAGCGGGACCUCCUGCAGAGAUGUAUGGUUCAGUGGCAAGAGUAUCAGAAAGCCAGGGAAGGGGUUAUCGAGUUGAUGAAUGAUGCAGAAAAGAAGCUGUCGGAGUUUGCAGUGUUAAAGACAUCUUCCAUCCAUGAAGCCGAAGAAAAGCUGUCAAAACACAAGGCUUUAGUGUCUGUAGUUGACUCUUUCCAUGAGAAAAUUGUGGCUCUGGAGGAAAAAGCAUCACAACUAGAGCAAACCGGAAACGAUACAAGCAAAGCGACCCUAAGCAGGUCGAUGACCACUGUCUGGCAGCGCUGGACACGUCUCCGUGCUGUGGCCCAGGACCAGGAGAAGAUUCUGGAAGAUGCAGUAGAUGAGUGGAAGCGCUUGAGCGCUAAGGUCAAAGAAACUACUGAAGUGAUCAAUCAACUCCAAGGUAGAUUACCUGGAAGUUCAACAGAGAAAGCCUCAAAAGCAGAGCUCAUGACCCUCCUUGAAAGUCAUGACACAUAUUUGACGGAUCUGGAGAGUCAGCAGCUGACCCUGGGUGUGCUACAGCAGCGAGCGCUAAGCAUACUUCAAGAUCGAGCCUUCCCUGGAACUGAGGAAGAGGUGCCCAUCCUUCGGGAAAUCACUGCGCUGCAAGACCAGUGUCUCAACAUGCAGGAGAAAGUGAAGAAUCAUGGCAAACUGGUAAAGCAGGAGCUGCAAGAACGGGAAGCAGUCGAGACUCGUAUUAAUUCUGUGAAAUCUUGGGUUCAAGAAACGAAGGACUAUUUAGGGAAUCCAACAAUAGAGAUCGACACACAACUAGAAGAACUGAAGAGACUUCUAGCUGAAGCCACCAGCCACAGAGAGAGCAUUGAGAAAGUUGCAGAAGAACAGAAGAAUAAGUACUUGGGUCUCUACACUAUCCUACCAUCUGAAAUCUCCCUCCAGCUAGCUGAAGUUGCGUUGGACCUAAAGAUCCAUGAUCAGAUCCAAGAGAAGGUACAAGAAAUUGAACAGGGCAAGGCCAUGAGCCAGGAGUUCGGCUGCAAGAUCCAGAAGGUCACCAAAGACCUCACAACCAUUUUAACAAAGCUGAAAGCCAAAACUGAUGAUCUAGUUCAAGCUAAGGCUGAACACAAGAUGCUGGGGGAAGAGUUAGACGGCUGCAAUUCCAAGUUGAUGGAGUUAGAUGCUGCUAUACAGACAUUCUCAGAACGGCACAGUCAGCUGGGCAAGCCGCUGGCCAAGAAGAUAGGAAAGCUGACUGAACUCCACCAGCAAACCAUCAGGCAGGCUGAGAACCGGCUGUCCAAGCUCAACCAGGCGUUAUCCCACAUGGAAGAGUACAAUGAAAUGGUUGAGACUGUUCGGAAAUGGAUCGAGAAAGCUAAAGUCUUGGUUCAAGGGAACAUCGCCUGGAAUUCAGCAAGCCAGCUCCAAGAACAGUACAUCUUGCACCAGACACUGUUAGAAGAAUCUGGCGAAAUUGACAGUGACCUGGAAGCAAUGGCUGAGAGAGUGCAAUACCUUGCCAACGUGUACUGCACAGGAAAGUUAUCACAGCAAGUGACACAGUUUGGACGGGAGACAGAGGAGUUACGGCAGGCGAUCAGAGUUCGUUUGAGGAACCUCCAAGAUGCAGCCAAGGACAUGAAAAAGUUUGAAGGAGAGCUGAGAAACUUGCAGGUGGCUUUGGAACAAGCCCAGACAAUUCUGACUUCUCCAGAAGUAGGGCGCCUUAGUCUCAAGGAGCAGCUGUCCCAUCGGCAGCAUCUGCUGUCUGAGAUGGAGUCACUGAAGCCAAAGAUGCAAGCCGUACAGCUCUGCCAGAGUGCUCUCCGAAUUCCUGAGGAUGUGGUCGCCAGCUUGCCUCUGUGCCUCGCUGCCCUGCGGCUGCAAGAGGAAGCCAGUCAGCUGCAGCACACGGCCAUCCAACAGUGCAACAUCAUGCAGGAGGCGGUGGUACAGUAUGAAGAGUACAAGCAGGAAAUGAAGCAUCUCCAGCAGCUGAUAGAAGAGGCACACAGAGAGAUCGAGGACAAACCCAUGGCUACCAGUAACAUCCAGGAGCUACAGGCACAGAUCUCUCUGCACGAGGAGCUGGCGCAGAAAAUCAAGGGCUACCAGGAGCAGAUCGACUCUUUGAAUUCCAAAUGCAAGAUGCUGACGAUGAAAGCCAAGCACGCUACUAUGCUGCUGACUGUGACCGAGGUCGAGGGACUGGCUGAAGGGACCGAGGAUCUGGACCGCGAGCUCCUCCCCACGCCUUCAGCCCACCCCUCUGUGGUCAUGAUGACUGCAGGCCGCUGUCAUACUCUGCUGUCACCUGUCACUGAAGAGUCUGGGGAAGAGGGGACCAACAGUGAGAUUUCCUCUCCACCUGCCUGUCGCUCCCCAUCACCUGUGGCUAACACGGAGGCGGCUGUUAACCAGGACAUUGCGUACUACCAAGCUCUGUCAGCCGAGGGGUUGCAGACAGAUGCUGCAAGAAUUCCCCCCAGUGCUGCUGUAUCCCAAGAGUUGUAUGAGCCAGGACUGGAGCCUUCAGCGACUGCCAAGCUGGGCGACUUACAACGUUCCUGGGAAACCUUAAAAAACGUGAUCAGUGAGAAACAGCGGACUCUCUACGAAGUUUUGGAACGCCAGCAGAAGUACCAAGACUCUCUUCAGUCCAUCUCGACUAAAAUGGAGGCCAUGGAGAUGAAGCUAGGCGAGAGCCUCCAGCCCAGCCGGAGUCCAGAGAGCCAGAUGGCUGAGCACCAGGCCCUGAUGGACGAGGUGCAGAUGCUACAAGACGAGAUCAAUGGGCUCCAGGUGUCUCUUGCUGAGGAGCUGGUGGCCGAGUCUCAGGAGUCGGACCCUGCGGAGCAGCUAGCUCUGCAGUCCACGCUCACUGUCCUGGCUGAGAGAAUGUCCACCAUCAGGAUGAAAGCAGCUGGCAAGCGGCAGCUUCUGGAGGAGAAGCUAAAUGAUCAGCUGGAGGAGCAGAGACAGGAGCAGGCUCUGCAGAGGUACCGCUGUGAGGCAGAUGAGCUGGACCACUGGCUGCUGAACACGAAGGCUACCCUGGAUGUUGCACUGGGUACAUCCCAGGAGCCCAUGGACAUGGAUGCCCAGCUGGUGGACUGCCAGAACAUGCUGGUGGAAAUUGAACAGAAAGUGGUGGCCCUGUCUCAGCUGUCUGUGCACAAUGAGAACCUGCUGUUGGAGGGCAAGGCUCACACGAAAGAGGAGGCCGAGCAGCUAGCAGUGAAGCUGAGACUACUCAAAGGGAGCCUUGGGGAGCUGCAGAGGGCCCUGCAUGACAGACAGCUCAACAUGCAGCAGGGAGUCACACAAGAGAAAGAGGAGAACGAUGUUGACUUCACAGACACCCAGAGCCCCGGCGUGCAGGAAUGGCUGGCACAAGCCCGCACCACAAGGACCCACCAGCGGCAGAGCAGCCUCCAGCAGCAAAAAGAGUUCGAACAGGAGCUGGCCGAGCAGAAGAGCCUCCUCCGCUCAGUAGCUAGCCGUGGAGAGGAGAUUCUAACCCAGCAUUCCACCGCAGAAGGUUCAGGUGGCCUUGGUGAAAAACCCGAUGUGUUAUCCCAGGAGUUGGGGAUUGCUGAAGACCAGAUGAGAGUGAAGUGGGAAAGUCUACAACAAGAGUUUAGUGCCAAGCAGAAGCUACUACAGAAUAUUCUGGAACAGGAACAAGAACAAGUGCUUUACAGUAGUCCGAACAGACUCCUGUCAGGGGUACUUCCAUUCAGAGGGGAAUCACAGACUCAGGAUAAGACUUCAGUGACGUCCUUGCUGGAUGGGCUGAGCCAGGCCUUCGGGGAGGCGUCAUCACAGAGUGGAGGGACAGACAGACAGAGCAUUCACUUGGAGCAGAAGCUAUAUGACGGAGUCUCAGCCACUUCCGCCUGGUUGAAUGGCGUCGAGGAGCGCUUAUUUGUAGCCACGGCGCCUUUGCCAGAAGAAACAGGAGCUUGUCUCUCCAACCAGGAGGCUCUUGCCAAGGACAUUAAGGAAAUGUCUGAAGAAAUGGAUAAGAACAAGAACUUGUUUUCCCAAGCAUUCCCAGAGGACAGUGACAACCGGGAUGUCAUUGAAGAUACUCUGGGUUGUCUUUUGGGCAGAUUGUCCCUGCUGGAUUCAGUAGUGGAUCAGCGAUGCCAUCAGAUGAAGGAAAGACUCCAGCAAAUCCUCCGUUUCCAGAAUGACCUGAAGGUGUUGUUUACAUCGUUAUCUGACAGCAAAUAUAUCAUUCUGCAGAAGCUGGCAAAUGUGUUUGAACAGCCCAUUGUGGAACAGAUGCAGGCCAUCCAACAGGCUGAAGAGGGACUCCGGGACCUCGAGGGUGGAAUCUCUGAGUUGAAACGGUGGGCUGACAAGUUGCAAGUGGAACAGUCUGCUCUGCAGGAACUCUCCAAGCUCCAGGACAUGUAUGAUGAGCUAUUGAUGACUAUCAGCUCCCGGAGGAGCAGCCUCCACCAGAACCUUGCUCUCAAGAGUCAGUAUGAUAAGGCUCUGCAAGAUCUGGUGGACCUGCUGGACACUGGACAGGAGAAGAUGACAGGGGACCAAAAGAUCAUUGUAUCCUCCAAAGAAGAAAUCCAGCAGCUGCUUGGGAAGCACAAGGAAUACUUCCAGGGCCUGGAAUCACACAUGAUUUUGACUGAAAUACUCUUCAGAAAAAUCGUUGGCUUUGCAGCUGUGAAGGAAACUCAGUUCCAUACGGACUGCAUGGCUCAGGCCUCUGCUGUGUUGAAGCAGGCUCACAAGAGAGGGGUGGAGCUUGAGUACAUCCUAGAGCUGUGGUCCCAUCUGGAUGAGAAUCGCCAGGAGCUCAGCAGACAGCUGGAGGUGAUAGAAAACAGCAUCCCAAGUGUGGGCCUGGUAGAAGAGAGUGAGGACAGACUGGUGGAAAGGACAAAUCUCUACCAGCAUUUAAAAUCCAGCCUUAAUGAAUACCAGCCCAAACUGUACCAAGCACUGGAUGAUGGGAAGCGACUUCUGAUGUCUGUCAGCUGUUCAGAGCUUGAAAGUCAGCUAAAUCAACUGGGCGAGCACUGGCUCAGUAAUACGAACAAAGUAUCCAAGGAGCUGCACAGACUGGAGACCAUACUGAAACACUGGACCAGAUACCAAAGUGAAGCUGCAGCUCUCAUCCACUGGCUGCAGUCCGCUAAGGACAGGCUGGCAUUUUGGACUCAGCAGUCUGUGACGGUUCCACAAGAACUGGAAAUGGUCCGGGAUCAUCUCAGUGCUUUCCUGGAGUUCUCUAAAGAAGUAGAUGCCAAGUCUGCCCUCAAGUCGUCAGUCACAAGCACAGGAAAUCAGCUUCUUCGGUUAAAAAAAGUGGACACAGCGGCCCUGCGUGCUGAGCUGUCCCGCAUGGACAGCCAGUGGACUGACCUACUGACAGGCAUUCCUGUUGUACAGGAGAAGCUCCAUCAGCUCCAGAUGGACAAGCUGCCUUCCCGCCAUGCCAUUUCUGAGGUAAUGAGUUGGAUCUCACUCAUGGAAAGUGUCAUCCUAAAGGAUGAAGAGGACAUUAGAAAUGCCAUCGGUUACAAGGCCAUCCACGAAUACCUUCAGAAAUACAAGGGUUUCAAGAUAGACCUUAACUGCAAGCAGCUAACGGCGGACUUUGUGAACCAGUCAGUGCUCCAAAUCAGCAGUCAGGACGUGGAGAGCAAGCGCAGUGACAAGACAGAUUUUGCUGAGCAACUUGGGGCAAUGAAUAAAAGUUGGCAGCUCUUGCAAGGUCGAGUUGGAGAGAAGAUCCAGAUGUUGGAAGGCUUGUUGGAGUCAUGGUCAGAGUAUGAAAACAGUGUCCAGUCUCUGAAAGCCUGGUUUGCAAACCAGGAGAGGAAGCUGAAAGAGCAGCAUCCACUUGGCGAUCGGAAUUCUGUUGAGAAUGCUCUGAAGGACUGUCAGGAACUGGAAGAUUUGAUUAAAGCAAAAGAAAAGGAGGUAGAGAAAAUUGAGCAGAAUGGCCUUGCAUUGAUUCAGAACAAGAGGGAGGAGGUCUCUGGCAGUGUCAUGAGCACACUGCAAGAACUCAGGCAGACCUGGACCAGUUUAGAUCACACGGUUGAACAAUUAAAGAUCCAGCUGACCUCAGCCCUUGGCCAGUGGAGCAAUCACAAAGCAGCCUGUGACGAGAUCAACAGUCACCUCAUGGAGGCCAGAUACUCCCUGUCCCGAUUCCGUCUGUUGACAGGUUCCUCCGAAGCUGUACAAGUUCAGGUCGACAAUCUUCAGAAUCUUCAUGAUGAACUAGAAAAACAGGAAGGAGGCUUACAGAAAUUCGGCUCUAUCACCAACCAACUAUUGAAGGAGUGUCACCCACCUGUGGCAGAUACCCUCUCCAGUACUCUGCAAGAAGUCAAUAUGAGAUGGAAUAACUUACUGGAAGAGAUCGCUGAACAGCUGCACUCCAGCAAGGCCCUCCUUCAGCUCUGGCAGAGAUACAAGGACUACUCAAAGCAGUGUGCCUCUGCCAUCCAGACACAAGAGGAACAGACCAGUGUGCUCUUGAAGGCAGCCACUAACAAGGAUAUCGCUGAUGAUGAAGUCACCAAGUGGAUUCAGGAUUGCAACGACCUUCUCAAGGGACUGGAGACAGUCAAGGACUCGCUUUUCAUCCUCCGUGAACUAGGAGAGCAGCUUGGACAGCAGGUGGAUGUGUCCGCAGCAGCAGCCAUUCAGUGUGAGCAGCUCUGUUUCAGCCAGCGCGUGGGUGCCCUGGAGCAGGCUCUUUGCAAGCAGCAAGCAGUAUUGCAGGCUGGAGUUGUUGACUAUGAAACAUUUGCCAAGAGCUUAGAAGCCUUAGAGGUCUGGAUGGUGGAAGCCGAGGGCGUCCUCCAAGGACAGGAUCCCACUCAUUCCUCUGACCUCUCUACUAUCCAGGAAAGGAUGGAGGAACUGAAGGGACAGAUGCUAAAGUUCAGCAGCUUGGCUCCUGAUUUAGACCGUCUCAAUGAGUUGGGGUACCGGCUACCCUUAAAUGACAAGGAGAUCAAGAGGAUGCAGAACCUGAACCGCCAUUGGUCUCUGACCUCUUCUCAGACCACAGAGAGAUUCAGCAAGUUGCAGUCGUUCUUGCUUCAGCACCAGACGUUCUUGGAAAAGUGUGAGACAUGGAUGGAAUUUCUGGUUCAGACAGAGCACAAGUUGGCAGUGGAGAUCUCAGGCAACUACCAGCAUCUUUUGGAGCAGCAAAGAGCACAUGAGCUUUUUCAAGCGGAGAUGUUCAGCCGCCAGCAGAUCCUCCACUCCAUCAUUGUUGAUGGGCAGAAUCUUCUAGAACAAGGUCAAGUUGAUGAUAGGGAAGAGUUCAGCCUGAAGUUGACACUCCUCAGUAACCAGUGGCAGGGAGUGAUUCGAAGGGCCCAACAGAGAAGGGGGAUCAUUGACAGCCAGAUUCGCCAGUGGCAACGCUAUAGGGAAAUGGCAGAGAAGCUCCGUAAAUGGUUGGCUGAGGUGUCUCAUCUGCCGCUGAGUGGUCUCGGGAACAUCCCAGUACCACUGCAACAAGUGAGGAUGCUCUUUGAUGAAGUGCAGUUUAAAGAGAAGGUGUUCCUGCGCCAGCAAGGGAGCUACAUCCUGACGGUGGAGGCUGGCAAGCAGCUCCUGCUCUCUGCUGACAGUGGCGCCGAGGCCGCCCUGCAGGCUGAGCUCACAGACAUCCAAGAGAAGUGGAAGGCGGCCAGCAUGCAUCUGGAGGAGCAGAAGAAAAAACUGGCUUUUUUGUUGAAAGACUGGGAAAAAUGUGAGAGAGGGAUAGCCAAUUCUCUGGAGAAGCUCCGAAUGUUCAAAAAGAGGUUAUCUCAGCCUCUACCUGACCACCAUGAGGAACUUCAUGCAGAGCAGAUGCGGUGUAAGGAACUGGAAAAUGCAGUUGGGAGGUGGACAGAUGACCUGACAGAGUUGGUGCUGGUGAGGGAUGCCCUGACUGUCUACCUCAGUGCUGAGGACAUCUCCAUGCUGAAGGAACGCGUGGAGCUUCUGCAAAGACAAUGGGAAGAGCUUUGUCACCAGGUCUCCCUACGACGACAGCAAGUGAGCGAGCGCCUGAAUGAGUGGGCUGUCUUCAGUGAAAAGAACAAGGAGCUGUGCGAGUGGCUGACCCAGAUGGAGAGCAAAGUCACUCAGAACGGAGACAUCCUCAUCGAAGAGAUGAUAGAAAAACUCAAGAAGGAUUAUCAAGAGGAAAUUGCUGUUGCCCAAGAGAACAAAAUCCAGCUUCAGGAAAUGGGAGAAAGGCUUGCUAAAGCCAGCCACGAAAGCAAAGCCUCUGAGAUUCAGUACAAGCUCAGCAAAGUGAGCGACAGGUGGCAGCAUCUCCUGGAUCUCAUUGCAGCCAGGGUGAAGAAGCUAAAGGAGACGCUGGUUGCUGUGCAGCAGCUGGACAAGAACAUGGGCAGCUUGAGGACUUGGCUGGCCCACAUGGAGUCAGAGUUGGCCAAGCCCAUAGUCUAUGAUUCUUGUAACUCCGAAGAAAUACAGAGGAAACUGAAUGAGCAGCAGGAGCUUCAGAGAGACAUCGAGAAACACAGCACAGGGGUCGCCUCCGUCCUCAACCUGUGUGAGGUUCUACUGCAUGACUGUGAUGCCUGUGCCACCGACGCAGAGUGUGACUCCAUCCAGCAGGCCACUCGCAACCUGGACCGGCGGUGGAGGAACAUCUGUGCGAUGUCCAUGGAGAGGAGACUCAAAAUUGAAGAGACGUGGCGACUGUGGCAGAAGUUUCUGGAUGACUAUUCUCGCUUUGAAGACUGGCUGGAGGUUUCAGAAAGGACGGCUGCUUUCCCCAGUUCUUCUGGGGUGCUCUAUACAGUUGCCAAGGAGGAGCUGAAGAAGUUUGAGGCUUUCCAGCGGCAGGUCCAUGAGAGCCUGACCCAACUAGAGCUUAUCAACAAACAGUACCGGCGCCUGGCCAGAGAGAAUCGCACAGACUCCGCCUGCAGCCUCAGGCAGAUGGUCCAUGGGGGCAACCAGAGAUGGGACGACCUACAGAAGCGGGUCACCUCAAUCUUGCGCAGGCUCAAGCACUUCAUUAGCCAGCGUGAGGAGUUUGAGACUGCCCGGGACAGCAUUCUUGUCUGGCUCACAGAGAUGGAUCUGCAGCUCACCAAUAUUGAACAUUUUUCGGAAUGUGACGUUCAAGCUAAAAUAAAGCAACUCAAGGCUUUCCAACAGGAGAUCUCACUGAAUCAUAAUAAAAUCGAGCAGAUCAUUGCCCAGGGGGAGCAGCUGAUAGAGAAGAGCGAGCCACUGGAUGCUGCUGUCAUCGAGGAGGAACUGGACGAGCUCAGACGCUACUGCCAGGAGGUCUUUGGACGCGUAGAAAGAUAUCACAAGAAACUGAUCCGCCUGCCACUGCCAGAUGACCAUGACCUCUCGGACCGAGAACUAGAUCUCGAAGACUCCACGGCUCUUUCAGACCUCCGAUGGCAGGACCCGUCUGCAGAUGGCAUGCCCUCCCCACAGCCUUCUUCCAACCCCUCCCUCUCCCUUCCUCAGCCCCUUCGGAGUGAGCGGUCAGGGCGAGAUACGCCAGCCAGCGUGGACUCCAUCCCCCUGGAAUGGGACCACGAUUACGACCUCAGUCGAGACCUAGAGUCAGCAUCCCGAACUCUGCCCUCAGAAGAUGAAGAAGGCGAGGAAGACAAGGAGUUCUACCUCAGGGGAGCUGUUGGCUUGUCAGGGGAUCCCAGCUCACUGGAGUCACAGAUGAGGCAACUGGACAAAGCCCUGGAUGACAGCCGCUUCCAGAUACAGCAAACCGCAAAUAUCCUCAGAAGCAAAACCCCCACAGGGCCAGACCUGGACACCAGCUACAAGGGCUACAUGAAGCUGCUGGGCGAGUGCAGUGGCAGCAUAGAUUCCGUGAGGAGACUGGAGCACAAGCUGGCGGAGGAAGAGAGCUUUCCUGGCUUUGUUAACCUCAACAGCACAGAGACUCAGACAGCUGGUGUAAUUGACCGCUGGGAGCUCCUGCAGGCCCAGGCAAUGAGCAAGGAGUUGAGGAUGAAGCAGAACCUUCAGAAGUGGCAGCAGUUUAAUUCUGACCUCAACAAUAUCUGGGCCUGGCUAGGAGAGACGGAGGAGGAGCUGGACAGGCUCCAGCACCUGGCGCUCAGCACUGACAUCCACACCAUCGAGGCUCACAUCAAAAAGCUCAAGGAGCUCCAGAAAGCCGUGGACCACCGCAAAGCCAUCAUCCUCUCCAUCAACCUCUGCAGCUCUGAGUUCACCCAGGCUGACAGCAAAGAGAGUCAUGACUUGCAGGAUCGCUUAUCCCAGAUGAAUGGGAGAUGGGAUCGAGUGUGCUCUCUGCUGGAGGACUGGAGAGGCUUGCUGCAGGAUGCACUGAUGCAGUGCCAGGAGUUCCAUGAAAUGAGCCAUGCCUUGCUUCUCAUGCUAGAAAACAUUGACAGAAGGAAAAAUGAAAUUGUCCCAAUUGAUUCAACCCUUGACCCAGAGACACUUCAGGACCAUCACAAGCAACUCAUGCAAAUAAAGCAGGAGUUGCUGAAGUCCCAACUCAGAGUGGCCUCACUACAAGACAUGUCUCGCCAACUCUUGGUGAAUGCUGAAGGUUCAGAUUGUCUAGAAGCCAAAGAAAAGGUCCAUGUGAUUGGAAACCGGCUCAAACUUCUCCUGAAGGAGGUCAGCCAUCAUAUCAAGGAUCUUGAGAAGUUACUAGACAUGUCAAGCAGUCAGCAGGAUUUGUCAUCAUGGUCUUCUGCAGAUGAGCUGGAUACCUCAGGAUCUGUGAGUCCCACAUCCGGAAGAAGUACCCCAAACAGACAGAAAUCGGUCCACAAGAGAUGGCUCCGAUUCCUCCCGUUCUGACCCCAGGCCAGAACGGGUGGGUCGAGCAUUCCUGUUUCGGAUCCUCCGGGCAGCUCUUCCCUUUCAGCUGCUCCUGCUGCUGCUUAUUGGACUCACCUGCCUCAUACCCAUGUCAGAGAAAGACUACAGCUGUGCCCUCUCCAACAACUUUGCCCGAUCCUUCCAUCCGAUGCUCAGAUAUACCAACGGUCCUCCUCCACUCUGAAGCAAGCAGACAUCCCCACACAAGUGCAGGCAGCAAGAGGAGAAGGAAUAUCAAAUGGCCGAGAAGCACCUAAAGAAAAGUUCAACAUCCUUAAUCAUCAGGGAAAUGCAAGUCAAAAUAACCCUGAGAUGGAGACACAUGCUCCAGUAUGUUCAUAGCAGCCUUAUUUAUAAUAGCCAGAAGCUGGAAAGAACCCCAAUGUCCCUCAACAGAAGAAUGGAUACAGAAAAUGUGGUACAUUUACACAAUGGAAUACUACUCAGCUAUUAAAAAACAAUGAAUUUAUGAAAUUCCUAGGCAAAUGGAUGGAACUAGAACAUAUCAUCCUGAGUGAGGUAACCCAAUCACAAAAGAACACACAUGGUAUGCACUCACUAAUAUUAGUCCCAAAGCUCCAAAUACUCAAGAUACAAUUCACAGACCACAUGAAGCUCAA